UUCGAAAUAUUGACAAUGGCAGCUCUACAUGUUUAGAGGCACAUGUCCUUAAUUUUCAUUAGUUCUGUACUUAAAGCGUAUGUCCUUAAUUUUCAUUAGUUCUAUACGUACUUUUUUUUAUAAUUUAUAUAAGUAGAUCUCUCUAUACCACACCUAGGUAGUUGCAGAGCUAAAUUUCUUUGGAGAAAUCUUGGGGAAUGGAUCGUUGCAAGGAGCCACUGUUAAACAACGGCGUCAAAUAUUACGAGAACUGCCCCGGCUGCAAAGUUGACCUGCGUAAAGCAACGCAAAAGGGCUAUCCUAUCAAAGACUUGAGCCUUGUUGCGUUGCUUGUUCUCUGCAAUUCUCUUCCGAUAUCUUCCUUGUUCCCGUUUCUUUAUUUUAUGGUACAGGAUUUUCAUAUUGCAAAGACACAAGAUAUUGGAUACUAUGCAGGCUACAUUGGAUCAUCCUUCAUGUUUGGGCGAUUCUUGACCUCUGCACUUUGGGGAAUGGCUGCAGAUAAAUAUGGACGCAAACCUGUUAUGCUUAUUGGUGCUGCUUCAGUAAUUAUAUUCAAUACUCUAUUUGGAAUGAGCGUUAAUUUUUGGAUGGCUAUUGCAACGAGAUUUCUUCUUGGAAGCUUCAAUGGAAUGAUUGGCCCAGUAAAGGCAUAUGCAUCAGAAGUUUGCAGAGAAGAACAUCAAGCUUUUGGGCUAUCUAUUGUUGGUACAAUGUGGGGGAUAGGUUUGAUCAUCGGUCCAGCAUUAGGAGGUUUUUUCGCUCAGCCAGCAGACAAAUAUCCAAGUAUAUUCUCAAAGAAAUCUUUAUUUGGAAGGUUCCCAUAUCUUUUGCCAUGUCUUUGUAUCUCAGUUGUUGCAGUUAUAGUUUUUGUAUCUACAUUUUGGCUUCCAGAGACACUUCAUAACCAUCCUCUAGAGAGUGAGGAGAAUAGCCAUUGUGAUUCAGAGCUUGGUACAAGAAGCAAUUCUAUUCAAGAAAAUAAUAAAGAAGAAACUACCAAAACGAAACAAGUUCACAAGAAAUCACUGCUUAAGAACUGGCCAGCAAUGGCAUCAAUUAUUGUAUAUUGUGCUUUCUCUUUGCAUGAAAUUGCAUAUUCAGAGAUAUUUUCCCUUUGGGCUGUAAGCCCUAAAGAAUAUGGAGGAUUGAGUUUUACUAGUAGUGAUGUUGGAGUUGUUUUGGCAAUCACAGGUGCCGGGCUACUGAUAUUCCAACUUCUUAUCUUCCCACCGAUGGCAAAUCUUGUUGGAGCUAUUCUUGUAACCCGUAUAUCAGCAGUAUUGACUAUACCAGUAUUGACAAUCUACCCAUUUUUUACUAUGUUGUCUGGCGUUUUUCUAUGGUUGGCGAUUAAUUCUGCAUCUUUAAUAAAAAAUAUACUUUCUAUAUCACUUGUUACGGGAACGUUCCUUAUGCUGAAUAAUGCUGUGCCUCAAGAUCAAAGAGGAGCAGCAAAUGGACUUGCCAUGACUGCAAUGUCUCUUUUCAAAACCUUAGGCCCAGCAGGUGGAGGUUCACUCUUUGCAUGGGCACAAAAGCGUCAAAAUUCAUCUUUCCUUCCAGGUAAUCAUAUGGUCUUCUUUCUCUUAAACGCUAUCCUUGUGAUAGUAGUUAUUUUGACAUUUGAGCCUUUUCUACCGCAAUCGACUGAUAGACCACACCAAGAGGACCAAAAAGACUCCAAUACUGAGCAGCAAGAACAAAGGAAGGAGCAAGAGCCACCGUUUUCUUCUUGAUCUUUUCCUACAAAUUUUUUUGUAGUCUGCAUUUGAAAAGACAGUAAAUGUUUCCUUUUAAUCAGUAUUUGUCAUUUUAAUAUUUUUCUCCAUCAAUAUUACUUUUGAAACA